AUGCCUUGGACACGUACCAGGGCAUAUCCUCAUGCUUUUGCUGUUCCAGAGCAUAAAAUGGGUGGUGCUUAUAACUACUUCACCUAUGUUCUUUUUGAUAACGUUUUCUGGAAAGCUACCGCCGGCCAAAUCAACAGAUGGCGGAAGAAGACCCUUGGACUCACCAGAACUAACCUUGACAAACUACAGCCAAAUAAAGUACCAUUUCUUUAUAAUUUCAGUCCUUCGGUAGUCAUUCCGCCGCUCGACUAUAGCGACUGGAUCCGUGUGACUGGAUAUUGGUUCCUGGAUUCACCAAGUGACUAUGUCCCCCCUAAGGAGUUAACAGACUUUAUUACAAAAGCCCGAAAGGAUGGUAAAAAGCUUGUCUACGUCGGCUUCGGCUCUAUUACGGUAGCCGAUCCAGAUGCCAUGACUCGUACGGUUGUCGAAUCAAUUCUCAAGGCCGAUGUACGUUGCAUUCUAUCGAAGGGUUGGUCCGAUAGGCUCCAAAAGAAAGACGCUCAGAUGCCUGAAAUUUCUUUACCCUCUGAGAUCCACCAGAUCCAGUCUGCACCACACGAUUGGCUGUUCAAGCAAAUCGAUGCAGCAGUUCACCAUGGUGGUGCUGGAACCACUGGGGCAAGUCUAAGGGCAGGAAUCCCAACGGUUGUGAAACCGUUCUUUGGAGACCAGUACUUCUUUGGACAGCGUGUUGAAGAUAUGGGGGUUGGGAUAUGCGUGAAGAAGUUGAACGUCCAGGCUUUCAGUAGAGCUUUGUGGGAAUGCACCAACAAUGAGGUGAUGAUUACGAAAGCCGAUAUGCUGGGAAAACAAAUCCGCUCGGAAAACGGAGUGGAGACGGCUAUCCAGGCUAUCUACCGUGACAUGGAGUAUGCGCGGACACUAAUCAAGAAACAACAUGGCGACCCGCAUGAAAUAGAUUCCGAAGAAUCUUGGACUUUUGUCGAUGAUCCUGAUUCCCAACUCGGGAAGCUGACCCGAUAG